UUUUGUCCGUAAUCUGUGAAUCUGGCAACACUGGUUGUUUUUAUUUGGAAUGGCUGAGAACCAUCGAAGGCGCUUUCGCAAUAAGAAACGCGAUGAUGCUCGUCAACAACAGCAGCAGGAGAUGCUGGGUGCUCCAGUCACCAUAGCCCGUCGUGAUGAUCCACGUGUUGGACUGCUGCAGCCCAGAAUAUUGCUGAAAAAGGAUCAAUACCAGCAGCAGCAGCAACAACAACAACAGCAGUUGGAGCGAGAAACGAAAGUCGGUACUAGCGCCAGCAGUAGCAGCGGUUACCAGGACACACACAGUUCCUUCAAAACAUUCAUCGUCAAUCGCAGUCAGGAUGCUAGAAACAGCAGUGAAAGGUGUCCAGCAACAACCGCCCCCUCAAACUCAUCGGUGUGUGCGGCCCUGGUGAGCUCUAGUUCUGGUUCCUCCUCAGCCAUCUCCAUGGGCAAGGAUAAAGCCAAUGCGAAUGGUCAGGACACCGCAACACCGAUGCGUAUGACACGACCAACACCCUUAACAUUGGCCAAUGGCGUGUUCAAUGCCAAUGCACGGAAAUUAUUUUACAAGACCAAUACGGAUUUCACUGUGAUUGGCAUUCUGGGGGCCCAAGGUGUAGGCAAAUCCUCACUGCUCAAUUUACUGUCAUCGGACUAUGGCAUGGACUAUGAUUACUAUCAGCGUUUGUUUUCUUCGGAUGCUGAUAAUUGUACAUUCCUAACUAGACACAAGAGCAAGUCCAUCCAUAAGAACAUAUUGCGGCCUCGCACAGAGAAUUUGCAGUUUUUCAUUACCAAAGAACGGUUUAUCUUGUUGGAUACUCCGCCCCUGAUGAGCGCUGGCCCAAGCAACCAAAGUGGGCUAAAGGAAACCGACUAUCAUGAUCUUCAAUCACUUGCCACCAUCUGCCAUCUAUUGAAUGUCUGCCACAUACUCAUUAUAGCCGUGGAUGAGGUGAAUCUCGAGCAAUUUCAUCUGAUUAAUGCAGCCCUACGCCUGCGUCCGCAAUCACUUGGCAAAGGAUUGGUUAAAGACUAUCUGCCACAUGUGCUAUUUGUACGGACACGUGCCCAGCGGCAGCAUUUUGAGCAAACUACACGUGAACGUCUGGAUCAGCAACUAAUUCAGCUAUAUUCCCAAACCGGAUUGCAUAUAUAUCGUGGACGAGGCGAAACCCGUUGCCUUAAUAGUCUAGUCAUGCCGGAGAUUAAUGGCAAUGGAGCCACGGUUUUUCAUCCCAAUCUUGGCGAGGUUGUGCGUCAGUUUCGUGAGCGUGUUUUGGGCACUACGCGAUCGUCGGCCAUGUGCCAGGGCAAUGACUUUAGCGAGACCAUGUGGUUUGAAAUGCUAGCCGAAAGUUUUCGCAAGGGAACCCAGCACUUUGAGAAGAUUUAUGCGGAUCUAAAGGUUCGCCAUCUCGACGCAUGGAAGCAGAGGCGCAAUGACAGUUGGCGCAAUUUCGGAUGCGGCGAUUGUUAACCGAUUAAAGAGUGAUUUAUCAAAAAAUAACAAUAUAAACUAGAUUUAUUAGUCCUAGAGAAAGGAAUAUAAUGCAAUUGUUUUAAAAGAGAUAAAUGAAAAGUAUUUAAUGAAUUUAGGUAUAGAUUCUACACCCAGAAGUGGAGCUUGUUUCAUCAUUCGACUGCAUCUUCAGUCUGUGAUUAAGUCUAGCCUGUCCCAUGUGCCUUUAAAAUAAACGUCCAUGCGGAAAGUUUUUAGCGGAACAUCGAAAGGAACUGCGAAGUAGUCAAAGAAUUUAGGCUUGAACUUUGUUCAAGAAACUUGUAUCAAAAUUUGAUUUAAAAAUAGAAAAUGUUUUGUAUAUUUAUAUAUGUAUGUAUUUUGUAUAUAUAGAGAUAUAUAUAAACGUUGUUUUAUUUGUGUAAUUAUUACUACUUCACAA